AUGCAUAAAGAAGCUAUAAGGUAUGUAUUUACUAAUUAACGGUAGAAUUCACUUAGCAAUAAAAUAAUGAUAGAAUAUAAUUUACCUUUCCAUAUUUAAAAAUUUUUCAAUCUACUGGACGAAUCCAGUUAACUUACUAGUUACUUAAUUCAAGUCGAGUUGAGUAUGUUGAACAUAAGCACGACAAUCGUUAAAGUACCGAGUGACUUGGAAAUAUACAAAACUAAAAAUAGUUCUGGUUACUCAAUGACAAUUGUUUCCUUAGACAUACCUAAAGAAGCAAUACAGAAUGCUGUAUUUUGUGGAGCUAAUCAGUUUCAUUUAUUGUUAUUCAGCUUGCCUGGUCAAGUGCUACUUGAUAAUUUGCAUUAAUAAGGAUAUCAAUCACAGUUUCGAGUAAGAUUCAUUACAGUAUAUCAAAACUUACUGUACAUAAUGCAAAUUCAAAAAUUACUGUACAUAAUGCAAAUGUACAAGAAACUCUGUUCGUUGUCAGCAGGUGGACUAGCAGAACUUCCACAGUAUCAAUUCACGGAAGUUGUUUUAAGACAGACAGUUUCUUCUGAAACGGUUGUACUAGUUAGAAAAACGCUGGCGUUUCACAAGCUUGAAGCUAUGACUACUUGGAGCGCUCUAGCAUUUCAGCAAAGGCACAUUCCCAAUAUAUUUGACGUUCCUUACUAUAAAACACUUGAGAAGUAUAUGCAACUUUUGGGCCAGGAUCCACGUCAAAAGAAUGGGUUCAGGAAUUUUAUAGUAACUGCUGUGGUAAUCAGUAUUACAGGCAACAUUGUACCAACGUUACUAGAGUUAUAUACCUCCUUAUGUAAUAAGAAUAUGGACGCGGUAAUCGACGUUUUCCCACAUUUUAUGGCAGCUACGAUCAGUGCCAUUAAAAUAUUAAACAUCCAAAUCAACAGACAAAAUUUUAACGAAUUGCUUCGAUUCGUGGCAAAAGAGUGGAAGCAGCUGAAAUUAAACAACGAAUUGCACGUUUUGGAUCAAACCCUUAUUCGAGGCAACAAAAUGGCUCAAUUGUAUCGAAAAUCUUUAUUGUCCGCUUUGGUAUUGUUCCUAUUGAUCCCACUAAUUUCUCCGAUUAUGGACAUCGUUCUUCCAUUAAAUGAAACUCGUCCACGGCAACAACUGCUCAAAAUUAAUUACAUAAUUUUUGACGACGCGGACUAUUUUUUCUACUUAGCCUGGGGUUCAAUCAUGGUUGUGGUAACCAUAAUUUCUGUAGAUUCGUUAUACAUCCUUCUAAUUCAUCACACUAGUGGAUUAUUUGCUGUGUGUGGGCACCGAGUGCAAAAUGCAACAAAAAAUUCGAAUGCCAGCCAAGUUGUCUCAGAAAAUUACACAUAUGAACAGAUUAGAAAUUGCGUGAUCAUUCACGAUGAAGCUAUCCAGUUUGUAUUUGUCGAGCAAUGAUGAAUUUAAACAGGCCAGAGGAAGCAAUUAGAAGCUUGGUUUUUUGCGGGGCCAAUCAGUUUCAUUUAUUUGUGCUCAGUUUACCUGGACAAGUGCUGCUGGAUCAUUGUGCUGAGCUAGCAAAUAAUAUAGUAACUUAUCACAUCUUUAUCCUGUGGUCUUCACAUGCAAAUAGCCUGAGCAAUCAUUGCUUUAUUGUAUGUCACAACAGAUAUUGUUCCAUAUGGUAUAGGACACCCGUGCAAAUUCAAAAAAUACUUUACGUAAUGCAAAUAAGAAGUGCAAAACCAUGUAAAUUAACGGCAGGCGGACUGUAUGAAAUGAACAUGGAAAAUUUCGGAGUGGUGCGUACCAAUGUAUUUAUAAUUCUAACAGCUGCUCGUUAUAUAUAAUAUUAACUGCUAAUUACAAUUAUUUUUAUUCCCUUUUUUUUUAAGACCUUCAAAACGUGCAUGUCCUACAUCACGAUGUUAAUGUCGCUAAAAUGAUCGUUCAACGUUAUCUGUCGAAAAUGUUUAGUCAAAUUUACUACGCUGUAGUCCCAGUUAAAUCAGGAAUGCGAAUAAUUAAUAUUAAUGAUUGGAUGUAAAUAAAAUUACUGAAUCAUAUUUUACUUCAUCGUGUAAAAAAAAAAUGUCAUAAACCUUACCAAAAUAGUGAGUCGACCUCGCAGCGAUUUUCUCUCACUUUUCGUUGAGCCAUAAGGAAAAUUAACGUUUACUACUAAUUUUAGCAAAAUAUAAUAUAAUAUAAUUAACAAUAGUUAAGUUCACUUAACUGGUGACCUUUUUAAAUUACAGUAUCUACAACUCAUAAAUAAUAUUCUUGAACGAAUCCCUUUGUCGAAGUAUCAACUAGAAGUCAAAGGAGAUACUGUGAGGAUACGAUACUUUUCUAAGAAUUUAAAAACUUUGACUGUACAAUUUGAAAACCUUUUGUAAAACACGUUGAGGAUCUAACAAAUCACUCAUAUUGCCAGGGGCUCGAUGAAUAUUUCAAUAUAAUCAUAGAUCUUCAAUUUUCAAGUAGCAGAUGUCACUGCAAACCUUGAGUCGUAAUAAUGUAAUUGCCAUCCAGCGACAGUUCAAUUAAACUAUAUAUUGCAACGCACAAUUUAUCAGUAAAUACUCGCGGUUACAUUUGACAACUGUAACUAUAAGUACAAGUUACCAGAGAUAUAAAGUUUCGACUAUAAUUGCACUUGCAGAUUGAUUUUCUCGGUUUUAAGAAUAGAAACUUUCGUUCAUUCGGCGGGACAGGGCAUCCACGUCGCCAUACAUUUUUGUGGCUUUGUUGUUAAUUAGUUGAAAACCUGGAGACAUGGAUAGUAAGAAACAGAAAUGUGUUGAAACAGAAACUACAUUGAUCAACUCUGUUAAACUGAAAAACACAAAAGUGAUAAUAUUAUUGUUUCCUAAAUCUACUUCGCCAUUACUUCUAUUGUUUCCUUACGAUAAGUGAACUUGUCGGAGUAAGUUACUUGCUUUUUGAGCAAUAAUUUAUUAAAUAUUAUUCACAAGCUGAUAAAAAAUGGAGUUGAUCAGUUUGGUUUCUGCGUGGCUCAAAUGCAGUUCGCGUCACAAAAAAAAAAUACUAAAAUUAAUACUAAAGACUAAAAUAUAUGAAUACGUAAAUAAUUAAAAUAAUUCUUUGUAAACGUUACGUUAAUUAAUAUAGAUUAUUUGAAAUAACUUAAUGAGUGAUAAUUCUUCCAUUAAUCUAAACGUAGAGCAUCUAGUAUCUCAGAAGACCGGAAGACAAUCGCUGAAUAUAUUCGAAAUUCCUUACUAUAA